UUCUUUCGUCUUGUCUCUGUGAGCUGAUGGAGGGAUGUAAGAGAGUGAUGGCAGCCCUGUCUGAGAACUUGCUGACAGUCAGCAUGUUGCUGAGUGUCUUUUUUCUUCCAGGAAUUCAGACUUCAUGUCAUUCGACUCACAAGGGAAUCAACAUUACUGCGCCAAAGCAUGUUGACGCUCUGAGUGGAUCCUGUUUGCUAAUUCCAUGUAGCUUUACUGACGACAAGAUCAUGAAGUUUGACAGCAGAAGAAAAACAUUUGGAAUCUGGAUAAAAACGUCAAUCUACAUUGUUUCUUUUCCAAGGAAUAUAGUUUACAACACCAGUUGGUCAGAAAGCAAAUAUGGAAUCAACAUAAUUGGAAGUCUGAGUGAGAGAAACUGCACAACUGUGUUUUCUAAAAUGGUUAAAGAGUAUGGAGGUAGAUACUACUUCAGAGUUGAAAGCGGGCCGUUCAGAUCAUUUGCUACCUGUGAUCCUAUUCAAGUAACAGUUAAAGAUUCUGCUUGGAGCCCCAGGAUUGAAAUCUCAGGUGACAUGAAGGAGAAGAACUCUGUCACCGUAACGUGCUCAGCUCUCACUCCCUGUCCACAAUCACCUCCUGGACUCACCUUGAACCUCCAACCAAACCCUCACAGACAGAUGGAGAGGAACAAAGAUGGAACGUUUACAACUAUAAUCCAGCAGAACAUCACUCUGUCAGAGAUCCACGAUGGAUACAACAUCACCUGCUUUGCCAUAUAUCCUGUGGAUGGAGGAAAACACAAGUCAGCAGAUACAGAUGUGACUCUCAGUGUUUCCUAUUCUCCCAAGAACACCUCAGUAUCCAUCACUUUAACAAAAGGUAGAUGGGUGGAGCUGCGUUGCUCCAGCAGAGCCAAGCCUCCCGUCAGCGUCUUCACCUGGUUUGAGAAAACCUCAAAUGGAACCUUGAAAGUAGGUGAAGGAGAAAAUUAUGGACUCCAUGUCACUGAGGAGGAAGCUUAUUACUGUGUGGCCACGAAUGAUGUUGGUAGUCAGACAUCUCCAGAGAUUCGUCUGACUCUUCCAGCAAUAGGGAUUGGGCUGUCUCAUGAAGGUCUUGGAAGAAAAGGAAUUGAGCGUUCUGAAGUUCAUAUUCCAAUUCUGACAAUAUUAGGGAUUAUAAUGCUUUUCUGCGUGUUCAAAAUCAUCAUUUGGCUUCAGAGGAAGAGACCCCAAACUCCAUAACAGCUCAGUACUCCACUUGGUGACUAACUGGGCCUUGAAUUGUGAGCCAGUACCACUGAGGGAGCUGUUUAACAUGAGGAUCUAAACUUCUUGAUAAAACAGCUUCCUCCAUGCGUAGCAGCAGACGGCGACAGGAGACGACGUACACACAGAUCUCCAGAUCUCUAAGAAAAAGCAGCUCAGCAGAGUCUGCCUGGCCAGAGGUCAUCAACACA